AUGGUAUGCAACGAGAACAGGGAGGAACCGGUAGAAGAUAGAUGGAAUUGGGGGAUCGAGGAGAUUGCAGUAGUGGAACAGUACACAUUCCUCGGAGUAGAGAUCGCAAAAGACUGCUCGUGGAAUGCACACAUGUCCAAGGUAGCGGAAAAGGGCAAAUCACGAGCAGGGAAGCUGCAUCCAAUACUCGCAAACCGGCACCUCGAUACACGCAUCAAAUUGACGGUUUUGAAGAGCGUAAUCGUACCGCCGCUAGAGUACGCCGGAGAAGUAUGGGAAGGAAAUAAGAAGGUAGUGAAAGAACUCGAGGCGGCGCAGAUGAAAGCAGCGAAAAUCAUCCUAGGAUGCUCCAGGCGCACAAGUAAUGCAGCCGUGAGGGCAGAAUUGGGGAUCCAAUCCCUACGGUCGGGAAGAGACGCGAGGAAGCUGACCUGGCAGUAUCGCAUGUGCGGGAUGGGAGAGGAGAGCAUGAUGCCACUUUUCAUCGCCAACUUCGGCAGCACCCUGGACGAACUCGGCGAGCCUGUGGAGGAUAGUGAUGGAAAAACAGUCCUGGAGAGCGUGGCGAGCUUCUGCAUCCUCCUCGGCGUGAUCGGCGCCGUCGCCGGGGUGGUCGGGUUCGUCCUGGUGGCCCUUUGGAGUAUCUCCGGAGAACGUCAGGCGCUACGCAUGCGGAGGGAAUACGUGAAGUGCAUCCUGAAGCAGGACAUCGGAUGGUUCGAUGAGCACCCAGCGGGGCAGCUUCCCACGGCCGUCACCGCCAACAUGGCAAAGGUGCAGGACGGCUUGGGCAGGAAGAUCGGGGACAUCAUCCUCAACGGCCUCAGCGGCAUUGCCCUGCUUAUCACCGGGAUCAUCAUCAACUGGGAGCUCGGGCUGGUGAUGCUCGCGUGCGUUCCCUUCAUCGGUGGGAGCGUCGCUGUCCUGUCCGCUCUCAUGUCCAGCAGCACUCAGGAGGGGAACGAUCACUACUCUAAGGCUGGCGGUGUUGCCACGGAGGUCCUCAGCGGCAUCCGCACGGUAGCCUCGCUCAACUCCGAGGAGAUCGAGCUGGAGCGCUACGGCAAGCACCUGGACGGAGCCUACCACGCCGGGGUGAAGGAGGGCAUGGCCAAGGGCCUCGGCAACGGCAUGCUAUUCACCUCCUUCUACAUGAGCUACGCUCUGGCCUUCUGGUUCGGCACGAAGCAGGUAGCUGACGGGGACGGACGCUCAGGAGGGGACGUGUUGGCUGCUAUCUUCGCUGUCCUCAUGGGCUCGAUGAUGUUCGGGCAGACCGCCCCCGGCAUCGCCGCCCUGGGCGUCGCCCGUGGGGCCGCCGUGGAGGUGUUCGAGGUUCUUGACCGCGUGCCCCCCAUCGGUUCGUCCUCGGAGAAGGGGCUCAAACCCGCGAACGUGGAGGGGCAGGUGGUGUUCGACAGCGUCGGCUUCAGCUACCCUGCCCGGCCGAACGACGUGGUGUACGGCUCCCUCAGCCUGGAGGUAGCAGUCGGCAAGACCCUCGCCCUAGUCGGGCCUUCCGGCGGAGGAAAGUCCACCAUGACCAAGCUGCUACUGCGAUUUUACGACCCCACCUCGGGUACCGUGACUCUCGACGGCACAGACAUCAAGUCUCUCAACGUCGCCUGGUAUAGGCAGCAGAUCGGCUACGUCGGGCAAGAGCCGGUGCUAUUCGCCGGAACGAUCGCGCUCAACAUUGCCAACGGCAAGCUGGGGGCCACGCAGGAUGAAAUCAUCACCGCCGCUAAGGCCGCCAACGCGCACGAGUUCAUCAAGUUCCACCCGGCCAUCUUGCUCCUCGACGAGGCCACGUCCGCGCUCGACUCCGACAGCGAGAAGGUGGUGCAAGCCGCCCUGGACGAGCUCCACAAGGACAAGCCUCGCACGACGGUGACCAUCGCCCACCGUCUAUCCACCAUCCGAGGCGCCGACAAGAUCGCCGUUAUUGACAAGGGCGUCGUGGAGCUGGGUACUCAUUCCGAGCUCCUCGCCCUCAAAGGAAUCUACCACAUGCUGUGCACUAGUCAGGGCGGCAAGACUGAGGAGGAGAUCGAAGCAGACAAGCAAGCUCGCUUGGCCCGGCAGAAGAGCUUCUCAGGCGCGAAGGUGGCGAGGGAGGCGAGCGGCAGCGACGCCUUGCUGCGCCGCCAGAGCUCCAACGUCAAAGCCGGCCACGAGAUCGACCUCUCGGCUUCGGCUGGCAAGAAGGACGCCAAGGUGGACGAAGAGAAGCUCCCCAAGCCUCCCAGGUGCAGGAUGCCACUGUUUUUUUUUUGUGCAAAGACAUACUACGACAACCGUUCGAGAUAA